UUCCAUUAUAGAUCCAGUCUUUAUGUGCAUAAAAGAUCUCACACGGGGGAGAAGCCGUAUUCCUGUCCUGAGUGCGGGAAGGGUUUUUUACAUCAUUCUAUUCUUCUCAGACAUCAGAAAUCUCACACGGGGGAGAUGCCAUAUUCCUGUCCUGAGUGUGGGAAAUGUUUUUCAGACAAAUCCAGUCUUCACACACAUCAGAGAUCUCACACAGGGGAGAAGCCGUAUUCCUGUCCUGAGUGUGGAAAAUGUUUUUCAGUAAAGUCCAGUCUUCACACACAUCAGAGAUCUCACACAGGGGAGAAGCCGUAUUCUUGUCCUGAGUGCGGGAAAUGUUUUUCAGAGAAGUCCAGUCUGCACACACAUCAGAAAUAUCACACAGGGGAAAAGCCAUAUUCCUGUCCUGAGUGUGGGAAAUGUUUUUCAGAGAAGCGUAUUCUUUACAGGCACCAGAAAUCUCACACAGGGGAGAAGCCGUAUGUCUGUUCUGAGUGCGGAAAAUGUUUUUCAGAAAAGUCCUAUCUUCACACACAUCAGAGAUAUCACACAGGGGAGAAGCCAUAUUCCUGUCCUGAGUGUGGGAAAUGUUUUUUCAGAGAAUCCAGUCUUUACACACAUCAGAGAUGUCAUACGGGGGAGAAGCCAUAUUCCUGUCCUGAGUGCGGGAAAUGUUUUUCACGGAAGUCCCAUCUUUCCAAACAUCAGAAAUCUCACACGAGGAAGAAGCCACUUUUCUGUCCUGAGUGA